GGGGGCCCGGGCCGCCGUGGUGCUUCUGCCAUUCUGCAGCCGUCAACAUUUUUUUUUUCUUUCUUUUUCGCAAUUUUAAACAUUUUGCAAGACGAGGGGUUCGAGGCAGGUGAGCAUCCUGCACUUCGCCCAGAAGCCCGCGGGCACCCGUUGUUUUCUCCAGGGAUCGUCUGCACUGGGAGCCCGAAAGUUCUUUUUUUUUACCCCCCAAUAUUUUUUAUGCAGAUGUAUUUAUAAAGAUAUAAGUAAUUUUUUUCUUUCCUUGUCUUCACUGCCUUGUAAGCGAAUACUUUUGGCAAAGGACGCAGAAAAAAGCUCAGCAACAUUUUGGGGGGCGGUUGGGUUUUCGUUGUUUUUUGUUUUUUGUUUUUUGUUUUUUUAAGAAAAAAAUUGAGUGCAUCGCCAUGGAGAAAAUGUCCCGACCGCUCCCCUUGAAUCCCACCUUUAUCCCGCCUCCCUACGGCGUGCUCAGGUCCCUGCUGGAGAACCCGCUGAAGCUCCCCCUUCACGAAGACGCAUUUAAUAAAGACAAAGACAAGGAAAAGAAGCUGGAUGAUGAGAGCAACAGCCCGACGGUCCCCCAGUCGGCGUUUUUGGGGCCCACCUUAUGGGACAAAACCCUUCCCUAUGACGGAGAUACUUUCCAAUUGGAAUACAUGGACCUGGAGGAGUUUUUGUCAGAAAAUGGCAUCCCCCCCAGCCCGUCUCAGCAGGACCACAGCCCUCACCCUCCAGGGCUGCAGCCGACUGCCUCUGCUGCCCCUUCGGUCAUGGACCUCAGCAGUCGGGCUUCUGCUCCCCUCCACCCUGGCCUCCCAUCCCCGAACUGCAUGCAGAGCCCCAUCAGACCAGGUCAGCUGUUGCCAACAAACCGCAAUACACCCAGUCCCAUUGAUCCUGACACCAUCCAAGUCCCGGUGGGUUAUGAGCCAGACCCGGCAGAUCUUGCCCUCUCCAGCAUCCCUGGACAGGAAAUGUUUGACCCUCGCAAACGCAAGUUCUCUGAGGAAGAACUGAAACCACAGCCCAUGAUUAAGAAAGCUCGCAAAGUCUUUAUCCCCGAGGAUCUGAAGGAUGACAAGUACUGGGCAAGGCGUAGGAAGAACAACAUGGCGGCCAAGCGCUCCCGCGAUGCCCGGCGGCUGAAGGAGAAUCAGAUUGCCAUCCGGGCUUCGUUCCUUGAGAAGGAGAACUCGGCCCUCCGCCAGGAGGUAGCUGACUUGCGGAAGGAGCUGGGCAAAUGCAAGAACAUACUUGCCAAGUAUGAAGCCAGGCACGGGCCGCUGUAGGAUGGCAUUUUUGUGGGCUGGCUUUGGAAUAGAUGGACAGUUUGUUUCCUGUCUGAUAGCACCACACCCAGACACCCUUUCUGUCAUCAGCACUUUACCAGAGGCAUAACCACAACUGACUCACAUUUUGGUAUGCAUCUGUGUGUGUGUGCGCGCGCGUGUAAGUGCUUGUGCUUGCCUGUGUGGUCAGCUGUGUGUGCGUGUGUGCGUGCACGUGUACUUUUGCACUUGCCAUUUUAAGAAGCCCUCUCUUCAUCUUUUAGUCCCACAAAAGAAUUGUGCCAUAUUUUAACAGACUAGGGAGACCUCUCAUGGGUUCUCUUCCUGGUCCCUUCUUUUCCACACCUUCCCUUUCAGCGUUGCUUCAUGUUCCAUCUUAUGUACUCUUCCAGGACCCUCUACUCCAAUUUACUAAGAAGGGCCCUGGUAAAACAGUAGAUCACAGUUUGCAAGAGUACAAGCUCUUGUAUACGUUUAAUCUGUAAGUUAUCAUGCUAAUAAGGUACACAAAAUAACUUAGCACUACACUGCGGCUCUAUUAAUUUAUAGGUUGCUUUCUUCAUAUUUUCAGUUUGGGUGAUAAUUGUCUUCAAAUUUAAAGUGCUGUUUAGAUUUAUUAGGUCCCAUAUUUACUUACUGCUAUCUACUAAGUUUCCUUUUAAUUUUAUCAAUCCCAGAUAAGAGUACUAUUAUUAGAACACAGAGUGUGUUUUUGCACUGUCUGUACCUAAAGCAAUAAUCCUAUUGUACGCUAGAGCAUGCUGCCUGAGUACUACUAGUGGACAUAGGAUAUUUUCCUUACCUAAGAUUUUCACUAUCUUUUGAAAAAUAAAAUUAAAGUAAUGCAUUUGAGCAUGUCCAGAACAUCCCCGGGGCAGAGAAGCAAAGGGAGAUGUGGGGUCUAAGAACAAGGGGUUAAUUUAUCAGUGCAGGAGCAAAAAAUGCCUUUUGGAACUGCUUUUGACGUUGACGUGUUUGGUUUUGUUUUCUCCUCUCAUAUACUCCCACCCCAUUUAUAGUUGACUUCUUUCCAUAUCCCUAUUGACAUUCAGAACAAUUCAAUUACUUAAGAUUCAAUUUUCCCCACUUUUGUGAUAUAUAUAUAUAUAUAUAUAUAUUUUGUGAAUUAUACCUUGCUGGUUUUUAACAUCAGUUGAUUAAGUUAAAAAGUUAAUGUUUUGUAAGACCCUUUUUCUUAGUGGUGUUGUUUUUGAAUGCUUCAUAAAUUAAUGAUUCUGGAGCUUAUGUUGUUUAUUCCAUGUUUGCUUUUGAGCAUUUGUGCUCUUAUACAGUGGACGUCUGAAAAAUGAAUGUAAAAGACACUGGUGUAUCUCAGAAGGGGAUGGUGUUGUCACAAACUGUGGUUAAUCCAAUCAGUUUUAAAUGUUUACUAUAGACCAAAAGGAGAGAUUAUUAAAUUGUUUAAUGUUUAUACAGAGUAAAUAUAGGAAGUUCUUUUUGUACAGUAUUUUUCAGAUAUAAAUACUGACAAUGUAUUUUGAAAGACAUAUAUUAUAUAUAGCAAAGAGAAAAGGAAAACCAUUCCAUGUUUUAAAAUUAUAUAGCAAAGAUACCAAUGUUGUACAGAGAAGAAGUGCUUUGGGAUUUUUGAAGUCUUUAAUAUUUUAAGCCUAUCACUGACACAUCAGCAUGUUUUCUGCUUUAAAUUAAAGUUUUAUGACAGUAUCAAGGCUUGCUGUGACGAAUCCUGCUCCUAAAUACAUAAGGAACUUUCUUAUUUCCUACUAGAUCUCAGAUGGAAGUCAGUUAACGUCACUCAAAAGCACAAAAUGGAUUUUAGUCAAAUAUUUAUUGGCUGAUAAAGUGUUUUUUUAGGAAAAGCAUCUGCCACAAAAUGUUCACUUCAAAAUUAUGAGUUUCUGGAAUGAAGCGUUUUGUAAAAUGCAAGUGCCCUGAACAAUUCUUUCCUCCUGUGCAGGAGCAUGCAUCUUAUGCAGUAUAAGGUUGAUAUUGGUGCUAUGUGUAUGGCUUAGAAUUUGAUAGAUGUUUUGACUUUAAAGAUGAUUGUUUUUUUGUUUCAUUACAUUGUAUAUCAAGAGAUUCUGUUAUUACUAAAAAGGAAUAUUUGAUGUUAUAUUAAAAUGUCCUUUCUUCACUGGGAUUCUCUGCUUUCCUGCUUUCAGAGUAUCUAAUUCUGAAAUGAUAUGGUGAUCUCUUUGUCAAUCCAUCAACUAUGCUUCUCUCAUAGUGUCAAAGUCUUGGGAAACUGGACUCAUAGGAUAUUCCUACUAGGUAUCCGUUUUGUCCUAACCUACAGAUUUUGGUGGGAGUUGAGGAAGUAUUGGAAUUGAAAUACAUUGAUUAGGUAGAUCAAUGAUAAAAUAAAUAAAAAAUUUGGACCUCUUAAGCAGAAUUGAAUAAGAGACCUUCACUAAGAGGUAGAAGUGGAAAUGGAGUCAGAGUUUUUGUAGGUGAAGAGGCCAGUGGCGACAGAAUUGUUAAAUAGCAAUAGUCAUUACUGCAAAGUCAAAUUCUGUGUUUAAGUAGAGAGGCGUUGAAUCUGGUAGACAAUCCGUAGUCACCAAAAUAUAAAACGGUAGCUGAGAAAAUAUUUGAGCACUGGUCUUUUUUGGAAUAAAGUAGUUUUUAUCAACUGGACAUCACAAAUAUUUUCUGCAGAAGAAAUAAAAAGGUCAUAAAAAAUUUAUUCUAUUGUGUGCCAGGAGAGGUUUCAGUAACCUACCUCGUCUUAACAAUUUGAACACUUUGGAGUCUGUGCAGCAGCCAUAUAUGUAGCUCAGUUUCACCACACACACACACAUAUGUGAACACUCACUCCUGGACUGUCGAGGCCAGCUAACUAGUUAAAAAGGCCAUUCUGCUCAGUAUUGUGGAAGCCAUGGCCUGACUUGGAGUGACUUGGAUGAGGCAGGGUUAAACAAAGGCCUGCAGACUGCAGCUAUUAUUAGAGUCCUGUUGUCACUUUCACCUUUUCAUCAUAAGCAUUAUUCAGAGAUUAAUUACUUGGCCAUUAAAAAUGAAUACAAAUCAUAACACGCCAGCAUCAUUUAGCUGCAAUUUGAAAUGAGCAGCUUAGGGCUUCCUGGCAAGGUUACAUAGUCAUUUCUUUUCACUAAGCUUGCAAAGAAAGGCAAAAAUUGAUUAGCCUUUCUGCUCAUGCUACCUUGAGGGGAUAAGUAGGGGAUGUAAGAGCUAGAAAUGAUCACUUCCUCUUGAGGAAGUGGCCACUUUUGACCAUUCAAAAACCAUAUGAUGUCAGACUGUGAUAGGCCUUUAAUCUUCAAACAAGAGAAGCCUCGAGAAGUCAUCCCUGGAACGACCCCUAUUUCUGGCAGCAGCUGGGAAGUGUACUAGAUAACCCAAGGGUUCUUCCUAACUCACUGGUUUUAUGUGGGAACUCACAAUACUUUUAAAUGUAAGUUUAAAAGGUUGGGAAAAUCUGUUUUCAGAAUAGUCAAGAAAAACUUCAGAGUAAGGCAACAGACAUUUUGUAGAAUGCAAAGAUAUAGCUUGGUUUUUACCAUAGUUCAUAUAAUUUUUCCCCUAAUGUUGUUUUUAGGAAAACACAAAUUUUGUCAGAAUUAAUUAGAGGGAUCCCAAGGCAGGUGGGCUUGGCAAAUACUUCUUGCUCCUGAGCCAAGGUCUCGCUCAGGUUUUUUCUAUAAUUAAUAAUGUCAUUUUUUUAAAAAACGAGGAAAACCUUAUCCUAGAUCUUGAUGGAUUGAAUUUAGCAACCAAAGUCAGUACGUUUUGCAGGAGGCCUACUGUGUGUAGGAAAGUGUGUGUGUGUGUAUGUGUGACUAUUUAAGUCAAGAUAUAAAAUUUUUAAUUUUGGAAUACUUUACCAAACAUAACAAUCCACCAUUAUUCUUUUGGUGACACCACAAAAAUUGCAUCUGAUAAACAGGUACAAGUUAACAUGAGGUCAGUUUAAUUGUACACCAUGAUAUUGGUAGUAUUUAUGUUGUGAAGUCCAAACUUUUGUCUGUUAUUCUUAAUGUUUAAUAAACUUUGUAUUUUUUUCUUUUC